CCUUCCCCUAAAACCAACUCCCGCCCGCCUCCACGCCCACAAAAAUUUCUCCCCUUCCCGCCCACCGCUCUCUCUCACCCAAUGGCCUCGCCGGCGAAGCGCGCCAAGGCAUCGUCGCCGGCCAAGCCCCCGAGCGCGGCGGCUCCCGACGAGGCCGCCGCCGCCGCCUCUGAGGACCCCGUCGUCCUCCUCCGCCGCCGCUGGGAACUCGCCUCCGUGCUAAACUUCCUCAGGGUGUUUGAGCCGGUGAUCGAGGCGGACUUGCGGCUCUCCGCGGAUGAGAUCGAAAUGGCCCUCGCGUCCAACAACCGCGACCUAGCUCGCAUCCACAUUGCACUUUUGAAGGGAAUACCUCCAGUUAACAAACAUCUACAUGAUGAGGAUGGAUGGAUUAUAGUAACUGCCAAAAAGCUAACAGAUUGGUGGUCGUGGGUUGCCGAAGGAGCAAACCCAUUCAGAAGUAAUCCAGGGAAGGAAGUCGAGACGUAUAAGCAGCAAGAUCCAAUCAAGCGGUUGUUGAUACUAAAAGCGCUUUGUGAAGUCCGAUCUGAGCAAAAUGAUGUGGUGUGGUAUGUUAAUGAUGAAAUGAAGAAAGGAAUGCAUAUUUCCAACUUUCGGAAAGAUAAACUAGGCAGUGGCAGUAGUGGGACAAUAUACUGGUAUGAUGGUGAUUCAACUAUUGGCCAUAGAUUAUACACAGAAGAUGUAACAGUUGAUUUUAAGCAGAAUUGGAAGGGGAAGGGUGGCCGAUUGACAAAACCAGUUACCAAUAUUUACUGGGAAACAGUUGCAACUAACCUUGAUGAGUUUCUUGAAAUAUCAGAGAAAUUAUCCAGAAAGGGUCAUGCUGAAUCAGCUAUUGCAGAGCAUCUUAAGACAGAAAUUGUUCCAGCUGUGGAGAAGUUUCAAAAGAAAAAAGAAAGGCUUUUAAAACGUCAGGAGAAGAAGGACAAAGUUUUAGCUUUUGCUAACACUUUCCAAACCCGUUCAUUGCGUGAACGUAGGCCUGUCAACUACAAUUUCUCUGAUUAUGAUCGUUCCAUUGAGGAGGCGAUAAGAGCUGUUCAGAAAGGAAAAGAACAAGAUUCACAUGAGGCAUUAAUAAAAGAGAAACGUGCUUCACAUCAUGGAGACAAAGGUGCCAAUGGAAGAUCUGACAUCAGUUCUGAAAACAAAAAAACUGUAGGACAGGAGGAUGCCAAGUAUCUAAGUGACCUGAGCUCUGGUGAUGAGGAAGACAGAGACUAUAAUGACAGGGAUGUCAGCUCCGCUGACAGUGACGAAGAAAAUAAUGUUUCUGAUUCCUACAAGAGCGACAUGGAAGAGGAGGAUGUGUUUGUACCACGCAAGAGAACCCGUCUUGCUGCCCGUUUGGCAAAUGACAAGCCUCGUGCAGGGCUUCGUCGGAGUCAAAGAAACAUGAAGAAUGAUGAAGAGACUAUGCAUCCAGGUCAGCUCACCCCUCCACCAAUGACAAAGAAAACGCUGAGGCAAAGGCCCACACCUGUCUCCAAGCAGCCUGACACUGCUUUCUCGGGCUCUGAAGAUGAUCUUGCACGGGUUGUUGCUGACUCAGAGGAUGAAACUGAGUAACUUAACUGAGGUUCAGUUAGACAUGCGGUAUUUUGCAUUUUGCCUUUGUAGGAGCGGUUGAAUUUCACAGGUUUAGCGUCACUAGGCACCUCCACUAGUACCGGCUGGCGGAAAUCAGAUGCAGACAGCACCAGCAUUUUCCCCAUUGCUGAUGAGUUAUCUUCACAAAGUCAUGGAAACACCUCUAACCCACUUGUAUGUACAUAUGCGCCUAGACUGCGACGCAUCACCAUGGAGCACCCAAAAAUCUAGCUGAUGAAUGCUUCUGAUUCUUGCACUGCGCGACCAGCUGUAAAAUAUGUUAUCCAUGCAUUUUAAGGGAGAUGGGCUUAUGUUUGCCUGAAUAUCUUGCCUCUGCAACUUCA